UCGGCCAACAGGCCAUGCCACUCCACAGGUCAGAGGUUAGCCUGUAGGCCUAAUCAGUAGUAGCGCUUAACUGUAAACAAGCUUGUGCAUGCGGAUAUCGGAUGAACGAGUGGUUUCCAAAACCACGAUAUAGUCAUAGAAAAUAACCAUCUGGAUGUCUUGCUGGGGUUAUCAUUCAUGUACCUUUCCAGCGGACUGAGUUUCUGUCGAAUGAGAAGAACAUCUUGCACCAUGGAUGGAUUCUGCCUUCUCUAUCUGCUCAUGAUCCUCCUGAUGAGAUCUGGUGAUGUUGAAACCAACCCUGGACCAGACAGGAUUGUCAGUGAAAAGGAAUUCUUAAAGCUGUCCAAGCAAAUUGAACCUAGCCACUACCAAGAAGUGGGCAUUAACCUGGACAUCUCCAUUGCAGAGCUUGGGCAAAUCAAGGAACGCAGCCUAAAUACCAGUGAUGCAUUGAUGACAGUCUUCACAAGAUGGAGAGACAAACAGCCUCCAGACACAGACAUCAGGGCUCUUCUUGCAGAGGAAUUAGAAAGAAGUGACUUAGGGUCCCUCUCUGGCGAACUACUUGCUGGCAGUCUAGUCCCAAACAGGACAGGUGCACCUGUUACAAGGCCAGGAUCACAGACCCAAUCACUUUCUCCUGACCUGAUCAAGAGAUGUGCAGAUGAUUUCAAAUUCAAGUACCGGACAGCUUUCUGUAAGAUCAGACAUGAUCCUCUCGACCCUGAUUCCAUUGUACCAUUCACAGACAUGUACACAAACCUUGUCCUGGAAGAGGAAUAUCGGAAAAAACGCAAGCGACCACUUGAGUACAGUGAUCUCUUUAAACUCGAAGUCAAUGGAGAGUUCCCCAAACGGAUCAUGGUUCAGGGAGAGGCUGGGGCUGGAAAGACAACAUUCUGUGCUAAGAUUGCCUGGGACUGGAUAAAUGACAGUCCUGCUGUCCCAAAGUUUGUGUGGGUACUUGUUGUCCCUUUUCGUGAAGCCAAACAAUACACGAUCGGUGAGAUUGCCAAGUCGUAUCUCUCCAAGGACAACCCAGCAACAGCCUGCCAGAUCACUGAGUACAUCCGAUCAAAUCCAACUCAUGUUUUCAUUGCGUUUGAUGGAUUAGAUGAGUUUAAGGGCAAGGUUGUACAGGAAGGGGAAGCUGGUUCAAAGUCUGAAUGUCACCAGCCAAAGUCUGCUGAUCAAACCAAGGCAAGAUCAGAAUCAAAGAUGAACAAGAAUAAGCAGCAAAAGUCAAUGCAGCCAAAGUCAUCAAGUGCCACUUUGCAGCCAAGAGUCAACAGUGCAGAGGCAAGUGGAAGUUCUUCAGAGAGAGGUGACAUUGCACUUACAGACAUUCUUCAUUCAGAUGAACUUGCCACUUGCCCGGUGUUGGUGACAAGUCGCCCAUGGAAGGUCACAGAGAUAAGAGAUAAUGAUAGUCUGAGGAAGCUGUACACUUUCAUUCAUGUGGAAGGUUUUAGCAAGGAGAAUGUGGAGGUUUACAUUCACAAGUACUUUCCUGAAGAUACGGUCAAAGCAGAUCAGCUUAUCCAAUUAACCAAGGACAAUGUCAUCAUAUCUAAGAAUAUGGCCCCGUUUCCUAUCUACAUAGCUAUGCUCUGUCUUAUGUGGAGAGAACUUGGUGACAAAAAACAAGAAAAGUUGAAGUCAUUACAAACUUUUUCUCAAAUAUUUGAUGAAAUGUUUGAAUUCUUGAAGGUGCAUUAUGCUCAGAAAAAUAUCACAGAUUUAGACAGCCCAUCUUUCCAAGCCUAUCGCUCUCAAAUUGAGAAGCUCAUGGAACCAGUUGCCAAAGUUGCUUUCAUCGGGCUACAAGAAAACACCCUUAGUUUCAAAGAAGGUGAUUUUGCACAGUGCUCAGACUCCAUUGAAACAGCUUGCAGAGUAGGGGUGUUGUCUCAGGAGAAAAAUUUGUCAUCUAACCUGUAUGAUAAGAGCAGUAUGUUCCUGCAGUCUACUAUCUUCUUUCCACACAAACUAUUUCAGGAGUACAUAGCUGCGGUCCAUCUUGCUUCCCUGUAUGAAUUGGAUCACAAUGAAUUCAACAGGCUGAUUGAGCAAGUAGUGCUGCCUAGAAAGGAAGAGUUUAGGUAUCUCCUGUACUUCACUGUAUCACGGGACAAAACCAUUGCCAAGCAUGUCAUGAAAUGCAUGUUACAGGGUGGCACCUCAGACAAAAAAAAUAUGAAUUUCUUGGUUGAUGUAUCCUUUGAGAGUCAGGACCUAGACACUGCAGCCUUGUUGAGGGGUAGAAUAUCAUAUCUGACAAUACAGCCAUUAAUGACAGCACACACAAUAGCAGGUUGUAUAUUCACUGGACUAGGUGUACAUAGAGAUGUGAUCGAUCUUGGAGUAAAUGGAGAAUUUGGACCAAUUAUAUCACAUGAUAUGGGGGAGAUUAUAUGCUCUGUGCCCUCUCUAGAGGAAGUUACACUACUUCAAGCUGCCUUGCACAGUGACUUCUAUGCAGUUCUUGCUAAAGAAGGAAACAAGUCCAAGGUCCACACUGUCGUGCUCUAUGACAUUAGCUGUCCAACAUCAGCCUCUUCACAUUACCUAGCGGAUGCUUUGUGUUCCAUGCCAAACCUGACUCACCUGACACUACAGGGAAAGGAUUUCCAGGAGGAGUUCUAUUCUACACUGAAUGCAAAGGCGUCAACCUUACAGGGUUCUUUUCCUCAAAUCAGUAAUGGAAAUUUCAAGUUCAACGGAAAGUACCAAGUAGAUAUCGAUUCAUUCCUGCAGGAGCUCACUGACAGGCGAUUGACGUUACCACCAUCAGACUACCCUCAACAGUAUGUUGGUAAUACAUCAGAUACAUCAGAUACUGUAUGUCAAUUGUCUCAGACAUAUGCAGAAGGUAGCAGCGGUCUGAGCAGGCCUUGUAAGAGGCAAGCUCCUUCUACUCAGUCAAGAGUUCCGCAGGAUGAUCCUGAAAUUCCAGAGAAGCAAUCAAAGAUUGAUCUGGAAUCAGAUAGAAUACUUAACACACUAUCGAAACACAUGCCUCCCGGGACUUACGCAACGCUAUGCACACAUCUUGGCAUCGGAUACGACGAAGCCAACUUCAUCCUAGCCAGGUUUAACAUGGACUACCAGAGAGCUACGAGGGAUUGCUUGGCACAGUGGAAGACAAGGACAGGUGGUAAUAUGGCCCAGCUUAAGGCCAUCCUUGUGGAUGCAGAGGUCGGAGAUUUGGUGAAGUAUAUAGAGUAUUCAUGUGAAGCUUCCAACUGGGGCAAUAUGAACUCUUAAACGUGACACUGUGUUUAGGCUUUUAUUCAAAAUCGCAGGUUUAACAAAGGAACCUUGAAAUGACACCUGGCUGAAUUUCUCCCCAGAGAGUGGAGAAUGUUGUUACAUUGUGUGCAGGCAAGCCUAAAAUUUAUGACCAGAGUAAUGACAUUUGUUUAAAGCACUUAGAGACAUCAUAUAUGUUUCAAUCGCUAUAUAAAUCUUGAAUAUUAUAGUAUUAUUAACAAAGUUUGAGGUCUAAAUUUUCAGGUUUAACUGUAUUAGUGGAAUACAGAAUUUCGGUAUUAGUAAAUUGUGUGUCCUUCACAAGAAGCCUGGAACACAUAUCAUUAUAAAUAGUUGACUUUAAUUGAAGGAUAUUUGCUUGUGAGGCCGACAGAUAGAUAUAAUUAUUACGAUUAUUCCGUUUUACUAAAUUUGGACAUGCCUUAAGCAUAUUAUUGUUAGCAAUAAAAUACCAUAAUUUCAAACAUACAUGUAUGUGCUUAUUAUUUAAAUAUGCUAUCCUGUUUGGUUGAAAAUGAAAGAAGCCCCAGUAUGCAAUAUUGACUAUGAGGUUGUUUUGUAUUGUAAUUGUUAUUUUAUGUAGUAUUUACAGUACCAUAUUGUAGUUAAUUGCAUGCAUUUUGUUCAGGUUCACACAAGUUGAGGAUACACAGUUGGGCCCGAAAGAAAUUCAUUUUACACAGAUUUUCUCCACUGCACUCAUUCCUAUUAUGAGUCACUCAUCUCAGAGUGAUUAGUGAUGUAUAUACUAUAUAUAUUAAACAGAGACCAUAUUCGUCUAUUUUCCUGAAGUGAAAAGUUGACAGGAAUGAGUGAAGUUGUGAUCAUGUAUAUCAUGCCCAACUGGACAUGUACAGUAUGUACUUGAUAAUGUUUUUGUUUUUUCUUUGUCUUCUUCCACGAGUUUGUGUGCCUUAUGCUUUGUAUAUACUAUAAAUAGAGACAAAAUUUGUUUAUCUUCCUGGAGUGAAAAGUUGACAGGAAUGAGUGAAGCUGUGAUAAUGUAUAUCUGGCCCAACUCUACAUGUAUAUAUAUAUAUACAAUUCAAGGAUUAUUCCAGUACUUGAUAAUGUUUGUUUUUCUUUGUCUUCUUCUAUUUCAACUAUCAGUAGAUGUGUACCAAGUUUUGUGUGCCAUAUGCUUUGUAUAUGCUAUAAACAGAGACAAAAUUUGUCUAAUUUCCUGAAGUGAAAAUUUGGCAGGAAUGAGUGAAGUAGUUUCUAUCUGGCCCAACUCUACAUGUAUGUACAUCUACAAUUCAGGGAUUUUUUCAGUACUUGAUGUUUUUGUUUUUUCUUCAUCUUCUUCCAUUUUUAACUAUCAGUAGAUGUGUACCAAAUUUUGAAUGCAUUAUGCGUUGUAUAUACUAUAAACAGAAAUAGAAUUUGUCUAUCUUCCUGAAGAUAAAAGUUGACAGAAUGAGUGAUAUUUAUAUUUAAUUCAGGGAUUAUUCCAGUACUUAAUAGGAUUGUUGUUGUUUUUCUUCCGUUCAUUUUAACUAUCGGGCCUCUGAUUAGAUGUGUACCGAGUUUUGUGUACCUUAUGCUGAAGGCCUUAUCGUUUGAUCUUAUAGUUUUCAAGUUUACAACCUUGUACUUAUGAUAUAUGCAAAGAAUACCAAAUUAACUGAAAUGGAAAUUUCAUUACAUCUGAAAUAUGUUCAUAACAAUCAUGUUUGUGCUUACCAUGUUUAUGUGUACGGAGUAUGUGCCAAAGAUUAAAGUAUUUCUUGUAUUUCUUAUUC